AUGUCCUCCUCCUCUCGCCAGCUCAACGGGGGCGAUGCCAACCGAGGCAGCGGUUUCGUGCACCUCAACACUCCAGCCGACAUCCAGUAUACGGCAGGGAGGACCUUGUCGCUCUCCGCCCUGCGCCAGCGCAAGUCCCGCGUGGAGUGUGUCGUGUUGCCGGAGUCGAUGUCUGUGUGGCGCGAAGCCUUCCAGCGCUACUCAAUGGAGGAGGGCUACAGCAGCUACGCCGCUGACAUCGAAGACGGGCGCUUUGGGAAUGGGCCUGUUCUGCCCCCGCUUGGGCCGCAGCGUGCUGGCCCGGUGCACCGUCGUGCCAACAAGGCGCUUUGGGCGACAGACGCCUUUUUUUGCACCUCAUCGCCACCGGCAUCGCUCUGCACUUCGGCGCCUGUCGCACACACAGGCGCCUACAGGCCGCCGCUCCCAGGUGACACCGCUGCCACUACCAACAUCGGUGUUGGUGCAAACUCGUUGAGUGCGCCCAACCCCAGCAACACCACUGCUGCAUCGGCUGAUGAUGUGGCGGGUCGUUUCACAUCGGCGAUCAAGACGCAGCAGCAGGGGGGCAUCGCCAUCGUCAGCCAUCACAAGAUCUUGGGUCGACAGCAGUUUGUUUACCCCGAUCACGACGGUGUGCUCUCCGCCGGUGUUGUGCCACAGAUCGUCAUCACAGCUGAGGAAAAGGCGGAGGAGGCAGCAGAGAAGGCGUUCUACAUCUCUCCCCUCACUAUGACGGAGGAGGAGCUGGCAGCCUUCGAGGAGCUGCAGGCGCUGUGGAAAAGUCGUGCACGCAGCCACUCCUUCCUCGGCGCACAGCACCGGCAAGCCGCCAAGGGUGCGGUGUACCCGUCAUCGUCCAUUGACGUGCUGGAGAGGAGCGACAAAGGGCUGCUCAAGGUGCCGAAGCGCGAAGGGGUGAUGGGUAGCACCUCUCUGGCCUCUCGCAGAGGCGACAUAGUGGACGACCACGCCUACGCCGAGGCUGAAAUGACCGUGGAGGAAGAGUCGACACUGGACAAGGAGCUGGCUGAGGCGUUGCGCAUGGCGGACGACCUCCUGCGCUUCGCGUAG